AUGUCGUCCUCCACUACCACCGCAACCAGCAGCAGCGUCAACGACAGCAACGACAACAUAACACCACCAAACCCACCCACCGCACACAACCAAUUCAUCGCCGACCCCCUGGCCCACUUCAACGCGAUCCCCUGGUGCGCCGCGCAACUUCAAGACCCGGCAAACCUCAAUGUCUCGCCCUCGGACCGCCGGCCGCUGCCCAACGGCGAGGCGAGCUUCGUGCGGAAGACGAUGAACAGCGCGACUACGGUCCGGGCAUGCGUGACGUACUACCGAGCUGUCAAGCCCUCACCCCUUCCACCUCCCCCCUCAACCUCGUCUUCCUCAACAUCCACAGUCACAUCCAUGCCCGCUUCCAAAACCACCACCACGACAACCACGACAACCACCGCAACAGAGAAAACCAAGAAUAAUGACAACAGUAACAACGACAACAACCCCCCAAUAUCAGCCUCCACAGCCCUCCUCAGCGGCGGCGGCAAGGCCUGCGGCGAGGACCCGCGGAACCCGUUCCUGCUGUUCAACGCGCUGGUGGACCUGGGGCCGGACUGCACGAGCUACGUGGGGACGAUGCACGGCGGGCUGUUCGGGGUGCUGAUGGACGAGGUGAUGGGGACGGCGGCGAACCUGCAGUCUUCCCACGGCACCUACACGGUGCGCUUCACGACCAGCUUCCUGCGCGCGGUCAAGACGCCGCAGAUCGUCGUCGUGCGCGGCCGCGUCGUGCGCAAGGACGGCCGCAAGAUCUAUGUCCGGGGCACCGUGGAGGAUCGGCAUGGAAAACUCAUGGCCGAAGGCGACGGCAUCUGGCUCCGCAUGAACCGGAAUAUCGGGCACAGCCAGCUAUGA